AUGAAGCUUCGCCUUUCAUUUUUCUUCUCUCUGUUCUUCUUCUUCAUCAUCUCCACCUCCAUCGCUCAUGAUUCCAUCUCCUUAUCCCAACAACUCUCUCCUUCCCCUCUCGUUCUUCCACCAUCACCAAAACCUGCUACCGCACUGGUUGCUGCCCUAGACGGUACUGUUUAUCUAGUUGAAAGCGCUUCCGGGAGGGUAAUUUGGUCUUUUUCAACUGGAUCCCCAAUCUACCAUUCCUCCGCCAACACUCCGUCUUCUGGACUCAUCGAAUGCGGUGAUGACUGGGAGUUAAUCUUCCACGAUACGCACUUUGGCAAAACGAGGCUUAAGGAAUCUGUUGCUGAUUAUGUUGCUGUUACACCUAUUGUGUCUAAAGAUGGAGCUGUUAUACUUGGAUCCAAAAGGAGCACUGUAUUUGAAGUCGAUGCCCAAGCUGGAAAGCUUCUUAGAAGUUAUGGUGCUGCUGAUUUUCAUAAUGCUUCUACUACUGCAGUGUGGAGUGGUGACAGGGACAGGGAAAAAGUUAGUACCGUUGUCGGUGCGAAUAAUAACGAGCUUGCUGAUCCGGGAAAGCUUAAUUUACCGGAGUUCUUGCUCCAGAUAGUUAGGACUGAUUAUUUUUUACAAUCUGUGGGUCCUGGUUCAGGAAUAGUGAUGUGGACUAUGUCAGUAGCUGAGUUUGAAGCUGUAUUAUUUUGCAAACAUAAUGAAACUUCUACCUUCAAGGCUUCACUUGAUGCGGAAGGGGAGUAUGCUUCUGAUGUUGAAAGUGGUUUGGAUUUUGCUAUGCCGUAUGCGUGUCCAGAGAGUAAACUCAGAGAAGUCUAUCGCCAGCGAAAGAAUUUUCUGUUUGAACCUGCUAAAUUUGAAAGGUUAUCUGAUGUUAGUUCUUAUCAAGAAACUGGUAUGCUCCCGAUGCCGGUUUCUCAUCUGAUGCUUCCAUCACAACCUAAGAGUGAAAAAUUCCUCCCCGGUCACAAUGGUAAUAUGAUGCUUCCCGGGCCUGUGCCAAAAUCUUUGCAGCCAGAAAUCAGCUUCUAUGAUAGUAAUGAUAAUAAUGCAGUUGUGCUCCCUCAGUCGCUUAUGGAAAUUGCUGCACCAAGGGAAAUUGAUCUGAACAGGGUGAUUGAAUUGUCAAUGACAUUAUUGGCUGUAUUAUCUGUGGUCUUUCUUCUGGUAUUUUACCAAAAUCGAUCUACAAAUAAAGCUACAUUGAAGGUCCAAAUCAGUGACUCAGAUUUGAAAAGCCCACCUUCUAAGAAAAAGAGAGCACGUAAGUCAGGAAAAAACAAUGUCAUUGUUGAAAAACAGGAUAAUCAUCUGCAUUCAGUUGAGGAGAAUAUACGAAUAUAUAAGGAAGCAGAAAAUGAAGCGCGGUUGCUGUAUAGUAAAGUUAACGGACGUAGGAUCGGUAAACUGCUUGUAUCUAAUAGAGAAAUUGCGAAGGGAAGUAAUGGUACCAUUGUUCUUGAGGGGAUAUAUGAAGGUCGAUCAGUUGCUAUCAAACGUCUUGUUCAGGCUCACCAUGAUGUAGCUCAUAAAGAAAUCCAAAAUCUAAUUGCUUCUGACUUUCAUCCAAAUAUUGUCCGAUGGUAUGGCGUGGAAUAUGAUCACGAUUUUGUUUACCUUGCUCUGGAACGUUGUGCAUGCAACUUGGAUGAUUUGAUUAGUAUUUAUUCAGAUAUGUCAGAAAAUCCAGUGCUAAACAAAGAUCGAGCUUUUGAAUUUUUCAAGAAGGCCCAGAUAGAGACACAGUGGGAUGAUACACAGUGUCUUUGGAAAACAAAUGGUUAUCCAUCUCCUCUUUUACUAAAGCUGAUGAGGGAUGUGGUUUCUGGGCUUGUUCAUUUGCAUGAACUAGGAAUAAUACAUCGCGAUUUGAAACCCCAAAAUGUUUUGAUAAUCAAGGAAAGAUUAUUAUGUGCCAAGCUUUCUGAUAUGGGGAUUAGCAAGCGGCUUCUUGAAGAUAUGUCUUCAUUAGGCCAUAGUUCUACUGGCUGUGGUAGUUCGGGUUGGCAAGCUCCCGAGCAGCUUCUUCAGGGACGUCAAACACGGGCUGUGGAUUUGUUUAGUUUAGGUUGUGUCCUCUUUUUCUGUAUGACAGCAGGUAGACAUCCAUUUGGAGAACGUCUUGAGCGUGAUGUUAAUAUUGUUAAAAAUAAAAAAGAUCUUUUCUUAGUGGAGUUCUUUCCUGAAGCCGAGGAUCUUGUUUCUUGUUUAUUAAACCCUGACCCCAAUCUAAGGCCAAAGGCGAUUGAAGUAUUGCAUCAUCCUCUAUUUUGGAAUUCUGAUAUGAGACUUUCAUUUCUUCGUGACGUUAGUGACAGAGUGGAACUUGAAGAUAGAGAGACUAAUUCCGAUCUUUUAAAUGUAUUAGAGAGCACAGCUCCAGUGGCUUUAGGUACAAAAUGGGACGAAAAGAUGGAACCGGCUUUCCUUGCUAACAUUGGUCGAUACAGGCGUUAUAAAUUUAAUAGUGUUCGAGACUUGUUGAGGGUCUUGAGAAACAAGCUAAAUCAUUUUAGAGAAUUGCCUCUAGAAAUUCAGGAAUUGAUAGGACCUAUUCCAGAAGGAUUCAAUGAGUACUUUACAAGUCGAUUUCCAAGGCUGUUGAUUGAAGUGUACAAAGUUAUCUGCAAUUAUUGCAAAGAAGAUGAAUGUUUUCAAAGGUAUUUUAGAGACAUUGAUUAA